AUGAACCCACAGCAGAUGGAGCAGAUGGGGCAGAUGGGGAAGUUCAGGAUCACUGUCUGGGAGGAGGAGAACUUCCAGGGCAAGCGCUGCGAGUUCAUGCUGGAGUGUCAGAACAUCAUGGAGAGAGGUUUCCGGAAGAUUCGCUCCAUCAGGGUGGAGAACGGCCCUUGGGUGGGGUACGAGUAUCCUGAAUUCCAGGGACAGCAGUAUGUCUUGGAGAAGGGAGACUACCCUUGCUAUCAGGCCUGGAGUGGGAACAGCGGCUACAGAACAGAGCACUUGCUGUCCUUCAGACCCAUCAAAUGUGCCAAACACAGUGACAGUAAGAUGACUUUAUACGAGUGCCAAGACUUCCAGGGACGCCAUUUUGAAAUGUGCGAUGACUACCCCUCCCUGCAGGCUAUGGGCUGGUGUAACAAAGAAGUUCCUUCCAUGAAAGUCAAUUCAGGAGCCUGGGUGGCCUAUCAGUUCCCUGGUUACCGUGGAUACCAGUAUAUCCUGGAAAGAGACAGACACCAAGGGGAAUACAGAAACUACAUGGAGUACAGCACUCAGGCUCACACCAAUCAGGUCCAGUCUAUUCGCAGAAUUCAGCACUAA